CAUUUCCACCCAGCUGCUGUUCACCACCUGCAACAGCCAUUUGCAGGUUUCACUUCUCUUGAGUCUAUGGAUGGCGCACAUUGUUCAGGGGUAUAGUUCCACACUGCCUCUACUCCAGAGGAAACAAGUGCACUGUGCUCUCCAGUCUCCAUCAGACAGGUGCCUUUGGUGGCCUCCUACUGUGAACUUAACACACCCACUCUGAACCCAUCCCCCGAGCCCCCUGGGAGGUCUGAAGCAACCUGUGAAUGCCUUAAGGUGCUCGGGCUGAAACAAAAUGAAGACCUACAACUUCUUUCUGGCAGCUCUGCUGCUCCCAAGCAUCCAAGCAGUGUGUCCAGAUAAGGAGCCAGGACUGCAGCCAUGGAUGCCAGGACACAGUGAAGACCACCGUGUUACAAUCGGUUAUGGCAGGAAGGUCCUCCUCACAGCGUCGGCUACGGUCCACUCCAUUGAGAUUCUCAAUGGAGGAAAGCUGGUGAUUGCUGACACCAACCGGCCCAUACUGCUGCGAACAAAACAUAUUCUGAUUGGGAACAAAGGGGAGCUUCACAUUGGAAGUCCAGACUGUCCUUAUAAAGGCAACCUUACCAUCUCUCUUUUUGGCAGAUUGGAUGACAGUGAUCAGGAACACAGCUACUUUGGGAGGAAGUACAUUGGCGUGGGGACAGGAGGGACAUUAGAGAUCCAUGGAAAACAGAAGCUGUCGUGGACGUUCCUCAACAAGACCCUCCACCCUGGUGAGAGCAACCAAAACAACUACCUGUUCCAAAGAAGCUGGGGGAACCGUGGCAUCAUUAUCCACGUCAUCGACCCCAAGACAGGAGAAGUGCUGCAUAUUGACAGGUUUGACACAUACCGUAGUAAGGAUGAGAGUUGUCGCCUUGCAAAGUAUGUGGAUAAUGUGGAGGCAGGUCUCAUAUUGGCCAUGGUGGUCAACGAUGAGGGCUCCAACAACUUGGAGGACUCAGCCAAGAAGAGCCUGGACAGGCUGGGUAGCAAGCACAUCAGCAGUCUGGGAUUUAGGCAUCCCUGGACUUUUAUAGUGACAAAAGGUGAUGUUUCUUCUGUUGUGGAGGAUCACGCAGUCUAUCAAGGGACCAAGGCCUCGUCAGAGGCCCUGAGCUCUCGUAUUUUUCAGUCAAGUUUUGGGGAGCAUUUCACCAUCACUACUAUUAGCCAGUGGAUGCAAGAGGCAGAGUGGACAGAAUGGUUUGACAGGGAUGAUGAGAGGGGAUCUGGAGACUGGGAGAAACUGUCAGACCUGCAUGAGGCCUAUCCAGACCGACUGUGUACCAGUCCACUGGACAUCCAGGCUGAAACCCAUGACGGCAUACCAUCCAACCAGACAGGAGAUGUGAUCUACAAGAAUGACAAGGACUAUGGCUUUGUCUGUCUCAACAAGGACCAGGCUCAUGGCCUCUGUCACAACUACAGGGUCCGCUUCCUCUGUGGAAAACUGGUUCACCCACAGGCCUCCAUUUCCAUCGAUAUGUUGUCCAACAGCAGCAUCUUGGAGCUCGCCGACCAGCCCCAGGGCUGGGUGUCCGGGGAUCGGGUGGUGGUGGCCAGUACGGACUACUCCAUGCACCAGGCAGAAGAGUUUACCCUGUUGCCCUGCCCUACCUGCACAUCCAACCAGGUUAGGGUCCAAGGUAAGGCACAGUUCAUCCACAUGGGUGAAGAGGUGGACGGGGUGGAUAUGAGGGCGGAGGUGGGGCUGCUGAGUCGUAACAUCCUGCUCCGUGGUGACAUGGAGCCUGGCUGUUAUGGCAACGAGGCCUGCAAAUUCUUCAACUUUGACACUUUUGGAGGACAUUUAAAGGUGGAGCGGGGCUUCAGGGCAGUUCAUAUAUCUGGGGUGGAGCUCCAGCACAUGGGCCAGCAGACAAUGGGACACUAUCCGGUCCAUUUCCAUAUGAACGGAGACGUGGACGAGAGGGGAGGCUACAACCCCCCCACCUCCGUCAGUGAUCUGUCCAUCCACCACUCCUUCUCCCGCUGUGUUACCAUUCAUGGAUCCAACGGAUUACUGGUAAAGGAUGUGGUGGGCUAUGACACACUAGGCCACUGUUUCUUCACAGAGGAUGGUCCAGAAGAGAGGAACACCUUUGACCACUGUCUGGGUCUGAUGGUGCGAGCUGGGACCCUGCUGCCUUCAGACAGGGACAGCAAAAUGUGCCGUGACAUCACUGAAGGAGCUUACCCAGGAUAUGUGGCCAACCCACGCCAAGACUGCAGCGCAACUUCAACUUUCUGGAUCGCCAACCCCAAUAACAACCUCAUCAACUGUGCUGCUGCAGGCUCAGAGGAAACAGGUUUCUGGUUCAUCUUCCACCAUGUGCCUACUGGCCCCUCAGAGGGGCUGUACUCCCCGGGAUACACUGAGCACACACCUAUGGGCCAAUUCACCAACAACCGAGCCCAUUCCAACUAUAGGGCUGGAAUGAUCCUUGAUAAUGGAGUAAAGACCACCCAGGCAAACGACAAGGACAAGAGACCCUUCCUGUCUUUAGUUGGAGCCAGGUAUGGCCCCCACCAGGAUGCUGACCCCUUCAAACCCAGAGUCCCUGCGCUAAUCCACCACUUUGUAGCUUAUAAAAACCAGGACCACGGGGCCUGGCUGAGAGGAGGGGAUGUCUGGCUGGAUGACUGCCAAUUCGCUGAUAAUGGCAUUGGCCUCACGCUGGCGAGUGGAGGAACUUUUCCAGAUGAUGAUGGCUCCCGUCAGCAGGUGAAAAACUCACUGUUUGUGGGUGAAAGUGACAAUCGCGGGAUGGCCCUCCCUGACAACCGCAUCUGGGGCCCCGGAGGUUCUGACCUCAUUGGCAGAACCUUGCCACGUGGCAUUGAUUUUCCGAUUCGGGGCAUGCAGAUCUACGAUGGGCCCAUCAACAUGCAGAACUGCACUUUUCGGAAAUACACUGCGCUGGAUGGACGGCACACUAGUGCCUUUGGCUUCAGGCUCAACAACUCCUGGCAGAGCUGUCCAAACAAUAACGUCACUGACAUCACCUUUGACCACGUACCUAUUACGUCUCGCGUGUUUUUUGGGGAGCCUGGUCCCUGGUUUAAUAAGAUGCAAAUGGACGGGGACAAAACAACCAUCUUCCACGAUAUUGACGGCUCGAUCAGUGAGUAUCCCGGAGCCUUCCUGGUUAAAGAGGACAACUGGCUGCUCCGCCAUCCUGACUGCAUCGACGUGCCCGACUGGAGGGCUGCUAUCUGCAGCGGCCGCUACGCACAGAUCUACGUCCAGACACGUAAUCCUGCAAACCUGAACAUGCACAUAGUGAGAGAUGAGUACCCUGAUCACCCCCUGACACUAGAGGGCGCCCUGGGGAAGAGGAAACACUACCAACAGUUCCAGCCGGUGAUCACACUGGCCAAAGGCUACACCAUCCACUGGGACCAGGCAGCGCCUGCUGAGGUCACCAUCUGGCUCAUCAAUUUUAACAAAAAUGACUUGAUCACCGUUGGCCUCUGCUACCCACAAGGCACCACUUUCACGGUCAUCUCCGACAUCCACAACCGCCUGACCAAACAGACCCGCAAGACCGGCGUCUUCAUGAGGACAGCACAGAGGGAGAAGAUCAAACAAUCCCACCUGGCUAAAAGAUACUACUACUGGGAGGAAGACACUGGCCUACUCUUCCUGAAGGUAAUGGCCAAUAACGACAAGGAACAGUAUGCCUUCUGCUCUGUCAAGGGUUGUGAGAGGGUGAAGAUCACGGCUGUCAUCCCUAAAGGCAGUCCACCCAGCAACUGCAUGGCCCAGGCCUACCCCAGACACGCUGAGCUGCCUGUUGUGGACGUACCCAUGCCUAGAAAGAUACCUAAUGCCAGACUGCACUCACCAGAACAUUUCCUGGAGGUCAAACUGGAGUCCUACAACACUCGCUUCUUCCACAUCAAAGAGGACUUUGCUUUCACAGAGGUGAAUGGCAGGAAGCUGUACCAACCAGAAGAUGGGGUGCAGUUGACAGUAGUUGACGGGCAUGAUGGUAAGGUGGUAGAGAGCAAAGGCUUCAGGAACUCCAUCCUACAGGGCAUCCCUGCACAAUUACACAAUUACGUCAAUGGACUGAGAGACGGUUCCAUCGUCAUCAUUACAUCUAAGGGCCGUCUGGUUACCAGAGGAUCCUGGACUAAAGUCUUGGAGAGACUUGGAGCAGACAAAAGCAUCAAAUUGAAAGACAAGCUGGCAUUUGUGGGCUUCAAGGGUUCCUUCCGCCCUGACUGGGUCCAUCUGGAGGUGGACUCUGACCGGGCCAAGAUCCAUCAGGUUCUGCCUGUCCCUGUGGUCCUCAAGAUGAAGUUAUGAGUGGAAAGCAGAGUGGGGAGGACAGCCAAGAGACUAUGUAGCCUCCAGAUACUGACACACAUAAUACCCACCCAAAAAACAUGCAAAGACACACAUGUACACAUAUACACUGCCUGCACUGCAGAGGUGCUCCAAGCCAUUGGUCCAAGAUCGAGUGGUAUUUUUUCUAGGCUCGGCGGUGAGAAAGGAUGUGAUUUGGUGUGUUGAGGGGAAGACCCUCUCCCGGAGCCAGUACUGCCCAUGAUGAACUGUAUCUGUGUAAGACCCCCACCAUCAGCAGAGGGCUUUAAAGUGAUAACACACCCUCUGGCAGUCAUAUUAGAGGUCCUCGGUGCAACAGUGGCUUAGACCAGCCAAUGGUGUUUGCAGAAAUGUGGCUGCUCCACAGACAUUAUUGGACAUGAUUGAACAUUGUCAUUGCAUCACAGACAUCAUUGUUAUGGUUACAUAAUGUGAGCUUGCCAGCUAAAGUUACCAUUGGAUUUGGUGAGCAAAUGAUCACUGUUGAGCUGUGAAAAAAUCUGUUUUGUGCACCAGCUAACAUGGACAUUAGUUUCAUGUUAACAUUAACAUUGGCCGUAGUCCAUCCUCUAACGGACUUCGCUAUUUGUUUACCCCAGCACUCACAUCUUCGCUUUCAGUCUGCUGUAUGUGUCCCCUGCCCCAAAUGCAACACGGUUGUUUUCCAUUUCAAAUAUAGGAUAGCACAGGAGAGUUGAUGGUUUAGUUGCUCAACGAGAGGUAGAGAAUUGCAUGACCAUUUUGGAAUAAGGUAAAGUAGGACAGAUGCCCCUUCCUCAGCCACAUCCUUCAGCUCUAUCUGGUAAUCCCAAAGCUUUCCCAGACCCGAAAAACCCUCCAGCAUGCUCUGGGUCUUUCCUGGGGUCUCCUCCCUGUUGGAUGUUCCUGAAGCACCUACAGAUCAGAUGCCUGAACCUUUCUAAAAUCCUUAUAUACCAGCCUGUAAUAGACUGGGCAACUUUACCUGCAAGAGGGAAGUCUGUAACCACCGUAAUGCAACGUCCAAAGAAUUGGUUCAAACGUUUCUGCAGGGGGAUCAGACACUGAGCAAAUAUGCAAAUAUUAUGCAAAUAUUUUGCAUGAGCAGAAAUGUGGUGGCACCCAUAUUAAGUUAGAAUGAAAUCUGCAAAAUAUUCAGUGCCAGAGAUAGAAACAACUUCUGAGUUGUUUGUAUCUCUGAGAGUUCUGGGUCACCUGCCAAAUGCUACUGAGAUACAAAACAACUUCAAACUAUGUCUGUGAAGAUUUCCAGUCAUUCAGAUCAUAGUUAUCCAAGGAAGGUUAAAAUCAAGGGCAGCUGGACUUGCUGGAAGAUACUUGAAGACAUUUCGGCUCUCAUCCAAGAGGCCUCUUCAGUUCUGACAGACUGGCAGUGAGUCCCACCUAUUUAACCUCUGUGGGGUCAUUACCAAGGAGAUGGAUCCUGCUUGGUUUGUUAGUGCUGUCCUUAUGGUCGUUUCAUUGAGGCCUCAUGUGACGAUGCCUAUGACGGUUGUUCAGACUUCGAUUCAGUUGACUCCAAACAACCAUAACGACAUGGGCCCAGUUACAAAUAAUAUCAAUUUGACAAAAUAGUUUGACUGAAACUCACCUUUUUAAGCUGUUCAAGCAGUCUGAACCAUUUUUCAGCUAAUUUGAUGCUUUCACACCAGUCUAAACAAACUGAAACAAACGGGUUAGGGGGGAGUUACAAAGGGGUGUGUGUGAUUGCAGUUUGUAGGAGACAAGGUUCACCAGUUUAUUACAAAACCCUACAUUAGGAAAGAAACCUGAGAUAUUGGAUUGUUCACUUUUAUAUUGAUCAUUAAACAGUAACAAUGUCUUGGUGUUUGAUAUUUAUAUAUUACUAACUACUGGCCAAUUGUCCAUUGAUGAACCUCCAUGAUGUCAGCCACGGGUUGCUCGAGAUUUAUGAUGCAAAUGCAAAGCCUCUUUCUGAUCAGUGGGCGCAAAUACUACACAAGUGUGAGCCAACUAAUCAAAUGCAUGUAUACGUGCCUCACCAAACAUCCUUCCCAUGCAGGUCUCCGUGAUAUGUGACACUUAAGUGGUUUUGGUGUGCUGCAUUGUUUGAGUAAACUGUUAAAGAGAGAAAAGAGAAGACGAAAAAAAAAAAGAACAUUCCUUGUUUUGCAUCCAGACCUGUGGUUGUUAACUUGCUCUGUUUCAUUCUGAGCACUUGAUAUUGUGAUGUUUUACCCCCGUGUUUAUUCAUAUCAGUGUUUGUGAUCCAUCUGUCUGUAUUUUUGAAAUGAACCAGCAAGAAGCCCAUAACAAUUUAAAAGAAUAAAUUAGACACCGACUUAAAUCAGGGAGUUUUUCAAUGUGCAAUUUCCCCAUUUCAAAAUGACAGAGAAAUCUUAGUUUCAAUCAGGCGAUUAUAAAAAAGAAUUACCCCUCCCUUCGCCGAAAUAGCUGGACUUUUUCCGGAGGUUGCAGUAGUAAUUUAGUGUUUUGUAUGUUUAAUGUGUUUUUAAAAAUCCACAGAUUCCUAAGAUAUAUAUAUACAUAUAUUUUAUACUUAUUUAUUGUACAUACACAGUUGAUCCAAAUCUACGAGGGACAUCUUUUGAGUUGUAAUGUUAUGACUGUCCUGUAUGUAUACUGUAUGUAAGAAACCAUUAUAGCUCCAUUUUAAAAGAUUUGUACCAGACACUCACUGCACACAUGCAUUAGAUUCUUGGUGUAGUUGGCUUGUUUUAAAUGUACACCAUAUGAAUAUGUUGUAUAUGUGGCUUGUAAGUAAUGAAGCUCCAUAACUUUCUUUGAGGACUUUUGUACAGAAAUAAAUGAUGAUCAACAGUU